AUGGACUCCAUGAGAUCACUGAACACCUCUUUACCGAGCUCGACACCCCGACCGCAGCCUCCCGAACAACUCCUACAAUCAUUCAAAGCUGCUGCCCUGUCUGUCACCAACCUCUACAAGAAUGCUGUCUUAGAACAAGCACAGGCGAGACAAGCAGGCUACCAGGAAGCAAUUGAAGAUCUUCUUCACUUUUUGGACAAGGAGAAUUUGGGUCUCGGCGAUGGUGAAGGAUGGAGGGUUCGACAAUGGGCUACGGAGAGGAGUGACGGUUUGGGCACACCUAGCGACGACGAUGAGCGUGGCGACUCCGAUAAGACUAGAAGCACUCCUCAUGUGCCCGUUCGUAAAGAACAGACCGAAUCGGAAGCUCCUCGACAAACAUCGAAGUUGACCUCGCCUCAGCGGGACGUGCCCGCUGCUCCAGAGCCGCAACAGCAGGCCCCGGUGCCUUCGAACCCAAUAGUCAGCGACUCCAACACUCUCGAAAAACCCACCGUCUUCACCUUCACCGCAGGACCUUCUUUCCCUCAGUAUCAGGAACCCGAUGUUGAUAUGCAAGCCUCGGAUAAUUCUUCUGCAUCGUCUCAGGACUCAGCACCCGUCAGUGUGUCUGUCCUACCUCGGAACUCUCGUCAGCAAAACCGCCAGAACAACCUGUCACGAUCGAAUCUUCGAACUUCCCCACGCGACCCAUCCGUUGGGUUAGGUUCAAAGAGGAAACUCCCGUUUCCCGAUUUUUUUGACUUAUCGGAAUUGGGCAGUAAGGAUAUAUUUGGAGGCGGCAAACGCGGCCGCUUCACCUAG